AAGUAAAGUUGACGUCCGCGUUUGAUAGAUAGAAGAAAGAUCUAGGAAGAGAAUAAGUAACUUAUGAGAAUCUUCAGCUAUAAAAACUUGAAUCGAUUGUGCUCUAAUUUCGAAUCUUUCAAGUUCGGAUCGGACACGCAUGACAAAAACUCGAAUUUGCACUAAACAUCCGUUGGUUAUUUUAAAGAGAGAAAGAAAGCAAGUUGGUGGUUAUUCAUGGACCAGACCACGCAGCGCGUUGUACUUCCAACACUAUUUCAAGAGAGAUUGAGGAUGGUAUCGGAAAUAGUUGAAAAAGGUAAAAGUAGUGAUAGCAACAAGCAGAUACUGAGGUCAACGCUCAAGGAUAUGAACCCUGUGGUGCAAGAGAUCAAGCAAUACAAUGAACACUUAAAUCCACCCAGAGAAGAAAUCAAAACCCUUAUUUCAGAAAAAGAUGCGAAAGAAGAGCCCAAAAAAUUUUGUUUGGACAAGUGUCUCUUUUGGUUUCUGUGCAGAUUUGGACACAAGAGGGAUGGUUCAUUUGCUGGUGGUGACAAGGAAGCUCUUGUGGCAAAAGAUAUUGAAGAGAAACUGUACAAAGUUAGGGAAAUUCUUGAGCUUCUCAGCAAAGAGAAUUUUGAGCAGAAGGUUGGUGGUGUUGGAGGACCUAUCAGGUUUCCUUUUGGUGUUCCUGAUAACCCAGAUUUCACUGUUGGCUUGGAUGUGCCGUUGAGCAAGUUGAAGAUGGAGGUUCUCAGAGAUGGUGUGUCUGUUAUUAUGCUGACUGGUUUGGGUGGAAUGGGGAAAACCACUCUUGCUACAAAGCUCUGUUGGGAUGAACAAGUCAAGGGUAAAUUUGGGGGAAAUAUUUUAUUUGUCACCGUCUCAAAAACAGCCAAGUUGAAGAUUAUUGUAGAGAGAUUAUUUCAACACUGUGGAUAUGAAGUACCCGAUUUUCUAAGUGAUGAAGAUGCAGCUAAUCAAUUGGGACUUUUGCUAAGGCAAAUUGGUAGAAGUUCAAUGUUGUUGGUACUGGAUGAUGUUUGGCCUGGCUCAGAAGCCCUUGUCGAGAAAUUUAAAGUCCAGAUACCAGAUUAUAAAAUUUUGGUGAUUUCUAGGGUUGCAUUGCUUAGAUCGGACAUGCAGUGUAUCUUAAAACCACUUGGUCAUGAUGAUGCAGAAACUCUUUUCCGACAUUAUACGCACUUGGAAGAAAGUGGUGCAAGUAUUCCUGAUGAAGUCAUCCAAAAGGUUGUGAGAAACUGCAAGGGUUUACCGCUUGCCAUCAAAGUAGUUGGGAGAUCACUCUGUAAUCAGCGUUCUGAAUUGUGGCUACAGAUGAUGGAGGAAUUGUCCCAAGGUCGUUCUAUACUUGAUUCUAAUGUUGAACUAAUUACGUGCCUCCAAAAGAUAUUGGAUGUUUUGGAAGAUAAUCUUGCCAUCAAAGGGUGCUUCAUGGACCUAGGUUUAUUUCCUGAAGAACAAAGAAUUCCUGUUACUGCUCUCAUUGACAUGUGGGCAGAGUUGUAUAGACUAGAUGAUGACGGCAAAGAGGCAAUGGCCAUCAUUAACAAAUUAGACUCCAUGAAUCUAGCUAAUGUCAUGGUAGCCAGGAAAAAUGCUACUAACACAGACAGUUACUACUACAAUAACCACUUCAUCGUUCUUCAUGACCUUCUGAGAGAGCUUGCAAUUUAUCAGUGCUCCCAGGAACCAAUGGAACAGAGAAAAAGAUUGAUUAUUGAGAUAAAUCAAAAUAAACAUGGGGAGAAGACAAAAUUUCUUAGCUGGUGUGUUAAACAGAAGCCCCAACAAGUCACUGCCCACACAUUGUCUAUAUCAACUGAUGAAAAUUUCCCUUCAGAUUGGCCCCAAAUGCAACUAGCUCAAGUUGAGGUUCUAAUUUUUAAUCUUCAAACUAAGCAGUAUUCCUUUCCAGAUUGCAUGGAAGGUAUGAACAAACUAAAAGUUCUGAUAGUCACAAAUUACAGUUACUAUCCUUCUGAAAUCAACAACUUUGAGCUACUUGGCUCUUCAUCCAACCUGAGAAGAAUCAGAUUAGAGCGGAUUUCUGUUCCUUCCUUUGUUGCAAUGAAGAAUCUUAAAAAGUUAUCCCUCUACUUUUGUAAUAUGAAACAAGCAUUUCAAAACAAGGACCUGCUAAUUUCAUACGCUUUUCCAAAUCUUGAAGAUUUGAAUAUUGACUAUUGCAAGGAUAUGGUGGGAUUCCCUAAGGGGCUCUGUGAUAUCAUCUCCCUGAAGAAGCUCAGUAUUACUAAUUGCCACAAACUCUCUGCAUUGCCGCAAGAUAUUGGAAAAUUGGAGAAUUUGGAACUCCUAAGGCUCAGUUCUUGUACCGAUUUAGAAGGGAUACCUGAUUCUAUUGGAAGACUUUCAAAUCUACGACUUCUUGACAUCUCAAAUUGCAUAGGCCUUCCGAAUUUACCGGAUGACUUUGGUAAUCUGUCUAAUCUGCAAAAUCUUUACAUGACAAGUUGUGCAAGGUGUGAAUUACCAUUGUCAGUCACUAAUCUUGGGAAUUUAAAGGUGGUGAUAUGUGAUGAAGAGACAGCAGCUUCUUGGGAAAAUUUCAAACCAAUGCUUCCCAAUUUAAGGAUAGAUGUUUCUCAAGUUGAUGUUAACUUGAAUUGGCUUCAUACAACUUUCUCCUAAUACUUGCUUCACACAGUUCAGGUUGUCUUUCAAAGAGUCAAUGAUCACACCAAAAAGAAAAAUGAACAAAAGACAGUUUUCACGUAAAUUAUGGUAAAAGGAAGCGCUCCUUUGUGACUAUUCAAGUUCUACUUAGAGACUCAAUGUAUGAUCAGAUAUUAUAUCCAUCCUUUUAUUAUAUAUCCAUCCAAUGAUUUGAAGAAAGACAGUUUGAGUGGUAUGAAACAACUGAAAAAGCUGGAAUAUCUUGGAACACGGCCAAAGAAUGUUAUAGGAACCUAUGCUUUUUGUUCAUACUUUUCUUGAAGACUGGAAGAUACCUAUCAUGCUAAGUGCAGCAGUGAAAAUUUAUGAACAGGUCAAUCUGAUCAUGGCUGAUGUUGUUGUUAGAAGGUAUGGUGGGAGGCUCUUGAAUAAUUUGAUGUGCUGUAAGAUAAUCUUGUAAAGGCACUUAUAAUUAUAGACAGGAAAGAAUCCAGAUCAUGCCAGUGCAACAGAGAAAAUUUAUGUACAGGUCCACCUGAACAUGGCUGAUUCUGCUGUUACUCUAAAGUAACUUGAUGUUCUGUAUGAUGAUCUUGUAAAGCCACUUAUAACAAUGCACAGGAAAUAGAGCUCUACUAAUCUGGUUUGAUUUUUC